AUGGCGACUUCAUCAUCUUCUUCUUCUUCAGCGUCGGCGUUGUCUACGAGUUCAAGCUGGCGCGAAGGAAUGUCUUCCGAUAACAUUAAAGGUUUAGUUCUUGCUCUUUCCUCGAGUUUCUUCAUCGGUGCUAGUUUCAUUGUUAAAAAGAAAGGUUUGAAAAAGGCCGGUGCAAGUGGUGUUAGGGCAGGAAGCGGAGGCUAUUCGUACCUGUAUGAACCACUUUGGUGGGUGGGCAUGAUAACAAGUGAGUCAUUCAUGAUUCUGUUUAUUGUGGAUUGA